AUGUCAAUGAUGUCGAUAACAUCUGAGUUCAAGUUUCGCAGACCUCAUGGAAAAUCCAGGAAUGGAUGUUUGCGAUGUAAGCAGCAGAGAAAAAAGUGUGACGAAAUAAAACCAUCAUGUUCCCGCUGUGUAGCAUACGGAUAUACAUGUUGCUAUCCUCAAGCCAAAAGCUCCCAGAAGAGUCUUGUGAGACUAAAACGUCAAGUACUUGAUGGCAUAUCAACACGAUCCAGUACCCGCGAACUAUCGAUAUUGAAAGAAUAUGCUACAAAACCGCAAUCAUUUGGGCGAAUCGACACACCUACACCGCUUGCAGAGAGUUUUGGCUUCUUUGGAGCGACUGAACUUGUGCUUUUCGGAGAUUACAUAACCAGAACCGGACGCCUUGUCGCAUUCGAUCAAGAUGAACUGUAUGUACUGCAAGUCGGCGUGCCCAACCUUGCACUGCGUAGCCGCCCGCUCAUGGCCUCUGUCCUUGCAUUUUCCGGUGUUUCAAGAUGCUUUCAGCUCGCCCAAGGCAAAUCAGUCACACAAGCUAUCAUGAACAGGAUUGUUCACACUCUAGAACUUGCAGGCCAGCACUACCAGAUCGCACUGCGCGAGAUGCAAGUAGCAGCUCUCGAGCCAGGGUGUUAUGAUAUUGUGCUGGCAAAUGCGGCGCUCAUGGUUAUGUAUGGUUUAGCCGAUCAAAGUCUGCGGAUACGGCUGGCGAUGAUGACGAUAGAAGGGAAAACAGAGCCAGAUUCUCGGGUACAGCCCGGUCAGGGGGACUGGAUGAUGUUGGUGAGGACUGCGCAUUUGGCUUUUGUAGGGGUGCUAUCGAGUCCGGAGUAUGUGCAUGAUGGGUAUCCAUCGUGGGAUUGUAGCGAGGAUAAGCCUGGAUACGAACGAACAGCUGGGCAUGAAUGUGUGGUUUUGUGUCCAGAAAGCGGACCAACAAAGGAAACAAGUCGACUUGUCCUGCCAAUCAUCGCCGGCACGUAUUCAUGUGCAUUCGAGAAACUCCGAACUCGUGUGGAAUCGCAAAAGCUUGACAUGCUAUUAGAUGGCGACCACACAUACGAGUCAUCACCUUCCAAUCGUCUUCGAAUCGAUGAUUGCGUAACGGCUAUGGAGGUCUUGCAGAAGGUUGCGUCGGCAAUGUUUUCAAGUGAAGAUCAUUCUCCACCCGGACACAUGUCGCCGAAUUCUCACAUCUUUCGCAACAAUACGCUUCCAACCAAUGGCUCGCCAUGGCUGAGGACAUACCUGGCACGAGUAACAUCUGCUGAGCCAUCGAAGCUUCUUCGUAGAACCAUCAUGUCCUUUCUGAAUCUAGUACCGACUAAUUUCAUUACCUUUGUCCAGCACGUAACAACGGUGCCAAAAGAAGUGAACUCCUUACACCUCAACAUACAACCUGCUGGAUCGCAUUAUGGGCGAUGGUGUCCAGUCGAACAACUGGCUGCAGAAAUCUUCGCCUACUGGCUUGUAUUGGUGACUCUUCUGGAUGGUGUCUGGUGGAUUGGAAACCUCGGGGAAUGGGAGCUUGAGAGGUUCUUGUCCAUCGUGGACCUUCAAUGCUCAAACCAUUGUUCGAAGGAAAGCUGGUGGCCUCGAAGCAUGCUGACAGUGAGGAAGCAUAUACUGCGAUAA